AUGAUUAGAUUGGAUUUAUUAUUUAUAAAUUUAUAUUGCUACCUGCUUAUUCAUCAAAUUUUCUCAACUUUGUCAUUAUUAAUUUUAAAAGAUUGUCUUUUUUUGAGUAGGUUCCUAAUGACAUAUCAGAAACUUCAUCUUUUAGUUAAUAAAACUUUAUUUUUUCAAAGUAAUCAUAUAUAGACUUUUCUGAAGCUGAUUCUUCCUUUGCUUUUCGAUUAUGAAAUUCUAAUUAAAUUUAGUUUUAGUUAUCAAGACUUGUAACAAAAAGUGAGUGAGGCCAGAGAUCAUGAAAAAUCUAUUAAAUGUGAUUACUCUCUUUAUUUAGCGAAUAAUAUUUCUAAAUCCACAGAUUAAAUUAAAUUUUUUUUCCAAACAAAUAUAAUGGGAAUAGCAGUAAGCACCAAAAGUAAAAAGAUUAAUAAUUUCUAUCAAAUAAAUAAAUAAUGCCUACUAUUUACAUUAGUGCUACAAUUAUAUCUAUUUCCCACAAACCGAACUAGUCAUUAAGAAUAAUAAAAAUAUGGCCUAAAAGAAAAAUUUUCAUGUAAAAGCUAAGUUCUUAAUUAAAUGAUAAAUUGGAUGGAUUUGCGUUCUCUUUAAAACAGUCUUAUUUCAAUUUUUGAACUAGAGAAAUCAAUAAUAGAGACGUAAAAACUAAUCUUAAAAUUAACUUAAUGGAUAGCAUAUUCUUAGCAUAAUGAAACAGAAUUCCUGCAAAAGAGAUAGCAAUUAAGCAAAUCGCAUACCAACUAAAUUCCUCUAAAAUAGUGUAAAAUACGCCAAUUACUAUAUAAAAAAGAUAAGAAAGAGGAAAUAUUUUAAUUGUUUCCUUUCCAUAUUUUAAUCUCUUCUCUAAAAAUUCUUAAAUUUUCUUUUUCAAUGAUUUAGAUUUUUCAAUAAAUUCUUUACAUUUCCCUUCUUUCCUCUAUUUUAGUUCUUAUAGGUGAUUGUAAUUUUAUUUUAUUCCUUUUUCCAACUCACCUUCAUCUUACUAUUAUUACAUAACCUGGUUUUUAAAUGUUUUAUCAGAUUAAAUCUAAAAUUGGUUAAAUCUCUUUUAAAAUAUCUGGUACCUCUAACUAUUUGUUCUUUUAUAUUUAUAAAUAAAAGUGGUGCUCCCAAAGUUAAAAAGAACAGUAGAAAAUAUUAUGA